AUGAUCUUUGGUCCAGACAUGUGGAGUAGAAUUACCCGUACAAAAACGUUGAUAUUUGAUAUGAACGAAACUCCCUUGAAGAGAUGCCUCUCUACAAUGGAUUUAACUAUGUUUGGCAUCUGUGCUGCAGUCGGAGCAGGUCUAUAUAUACUCACUGGUACGCUUGCAAAGAACAUUGUUGGACCUGCAGUCUCAGUAUCUUUACUCGUCGCAGGAAUUCCUAUACUUCUCACGGUACUUUGCUUCGCUGAACUUGGUUGCCAGGUUUCUCGUGCUGGAUCGGCCUAUUUGUACACAUACCAAAUAAUGGGGGAGUUCCUAGGUUUUUUAGUGGGCUGGGCUACUAUUCUGGAAUUCGCAGCUGGUGCCGGGGCAUGUGCACGUACGUUGAGUGCAUACUUUGACGAGCUGAUUGGAUUCAAGAUUCGCAACUUUACCUUAGGCCACAUAACCUUCGGACCAGUAGACCAUCCACCAUUCGCGGAUUAUCCAGACUUGUUUGCCUUAGUUUUAACUAUCAGUGUUACCCUGUUAGUUGCCUCGGGAGCGAGGAUUACGUCAACCUGUAAUUCUAUACUAGUCUUCAUAAAUUUAUGCGUUAUAUUGUUUUUCAUAUGCGUUGGUUUUUAUUACAUGGAUAUAGGCAACUGGCAGACAGAAGGUGGUUUCGCUCCGUAUGGUUAUAAAGGUGUUAUAUCCGGUGCUGCAUUGUGUUUCUUUGUGUAUUCCGGAAUAGAAGUAAUCACCACUUCGAGUGAAGAAGCAAAGAAUCCGACUAAAAGUAUACCAAUAGCUAUAGGUAUAUCAUUUACAGUUGCUGUUCUGACAAAUGUUGGUGUUGCUGUCAUGGUAACGCUUAUGAUUCCUUAUUAUGACAUCAACGCUGACGCACCACUUACGGAUGCGUUGCACUCACGUGGUCUCACCUGGGCCAAAAACCUAGUUGGAAUUGGUGCUCUGUGCGGCAUUAGUGGCGCAUUAAUUGCAGGUAUGAACGCUGUCCCUAGGGUAAUUUAUUCGAUGGCCACAGAUGGCCUUCUCUUUCCUUCUUUGGCCAAGGUCAACAAGCACAGCCAAGUACCUGUGAUUGCAAUAUUAGCAUACGGUGUAAUCUGUGGUGGUCUAGCAGUUCCAUUUGACAUAGAACAUCUAAUUGAAAUCAAAUCUCUCGGUUGUUUGUUAUCAUAUACUGUGGUUGCGGUGAAUGUACUAAUACACCGGAGUCAACCAGCCAGUACUGGUGCAACGCAAGGUGUUAUGAAGAGACCGCGAAGGAACGAAAAACUUUUACUGUUAAAGAAAAAGGAAAUUUCAAGACAAGAUAUUACAGACAAGGGUGUAACUUCUGAGCAUGUAGUUGUUUGUUCAUCAUUUCUUCAAAAUUGUAAUUCUGGGUUAGCCAUGUUCGUAAUGGUUCUGUGUAUGCUGCUAUUAGCCACAGUGAUCAACUAUGCGGGAGAUUUAAUACUAGUCGGAAAUCCGUGGAUACUCUUCUGUUUAAUAUUACUUGGAUUAAUAAUAGUUUUAUGUCUUGUUGUAAUCAAUGCACAUUGUAAGAAGAAGAUUCAAGGUGGGUUCAUGUUGGAGGAAUGCAGCUCUUGCUUAGCCAAUCCGAGUUUUGACAUCAGUGUUUGUCCCACCCUCUUUAUCCACAACACUGCCACGGUUCCUUGGGUACCACUCCUACCAUCUCUUAGUAUAUUAUGGAAUUCAUAUCUCAUGGUUCACGUCUCUCCUGUCAUUUGGAUUCAAUAUAUAUGCUGGAUUACUCUAGGUAUGGUGCUGUAUUUUGCGUACGCCAUACGACAUAGUAAAGAGGAUCAACAAAGAAAAUGGGAUGACACUAAGAAAGCUUAUUAUGUAGAGCUUCCAACAGUUAAACCAGGAACUUUUCAACACUCAUUGGAACUGCAGAAUAUCGCGGUGUUUGAUAACAGUAACACUUAA